UUAAUCCUCUCUCUCUCUCUCUCUCUCUCUCUAAGUCUAAAUAAGUAAUAAUAAAAAUUGAAAAAAAAGUGCACAUAGAUUAUAUAAGCCUCAGCGUCUGCAAUGUUUAUGCUUUUCUUCCAUUUCAGUCACUAUUGUUCUAUCUAUGCUUCCCCCUAAUAAUUAAUUUGGAUAAUCACGACCUCUUUUUAUUUCUAAAUUUAAUCUGUUUUAAGAAGAUUGAAGAGUAGCAUUAGCAAAAAGGGGGGAAAACACCACACACAAAGACAAAAGAAGCACAAAACCCUAGCCUUGCCACGCACUCUCCAACCCAACCCUAAACAACAAAAACCCUAUUUAAUCCACAAUCGUGCUCUCCUCUAUUUCGGAUUAUCGAGGUGGAGCUCCGUAUUUGUGAAUUGGUACCACAUAAUUCAAUUAUAAUCCCUAAUUUUUGUUGAGCUGUGAAGAAAAUGGAAGGGAUACCGCACCCACUACCCAGAACUGUUGAGGAGGUUUUCAGCGACUUUAAGGGCAGGCGAGCUGGAUUGAUCAAAGCCCUAACCACUGAUGUUGAUAAGUUCUACCAGCAGUGCGAUCCUGACAAGGAGAAUUUGUGUCUAUAUGGAUUUCCGAAUGAAACGUGGGAAGUGAAUUUGCCUGUUGAGGAAGUGCCUCCUGAACUUCCUGAGCCAGCAUUAGGUAUCAACUUUGCCAGAGAUGGCAUGCAAGAGAAGGAUUGGUUAUCACUAGUUGCAGUUCACAGUGACUCAUGGCUGCUUGCUGUUGCUUUCUAUUUUGGUGCUCGCUUUGGAUUUGGCAAGAAUGAAAGGAAAAGGCUUUUCCAGAUGAUCAAUGAUCUGCCAACUAUCUUUGAAAUUGUUACAGGAAGUGCCAAGCAAUCAAAGGAUCAACCAGCUGCUCACAACAAUGGUAACAAAAGCAAAUCAAGUGGAAAGAUGUCCCGUCAAUCUGAGAAUCAGGCCAAAGGAGUGAAGAUGUCUGCACCACCGAAAGAAGAGGAUGAUAGUGGAGAAGAGGAAGAAGAUGACGAUGAACAAGGUGCGACAUGUGGUGCCUGUGGCGAUAAUUAUGGGAAUGAUGAAUUCUGGAUUUGUUGUGAUAUGUGCGAGAGAUGGUUCCAUGGCAAAUGUGUUAAAAUUACUCCCGCCAAGGCUGAGCACAUCAAGCAAUACAAGUGCCCAAGUUGCAGUAACAAGAGGGCUAGAGUUUGAGAAUUCACAAAAUUUGGACCAGUGUUUAGAAAGUGAAAAUAUUGUUGCCUUUUCUAGUUCAUGCACUUGAAUUACUAAGCAGACAGAAUUUGAAGUUUUGCUAGUGUUCAUUCCUACUGUCUAAUCUACUUCGGAAUUGUGGCUUUUAGUAGUCAUUGACAACAGAAGAUGUUAUAUUAUAUAUGUUCUGCAGUUUCUUGUUUUUAUUUUAA